AUGAAUGUGGGAAUUGCUACCAGCUUAGCUCUGUUCUUCUUCCAGCAACUAUUGAUUGUCAAGAUUCAAGCAAAGGAACAAUGCAAAUAUAAUAAUGCAAAUGGCACACAAUCUACUAUUUAUUGUAGCGAUGAUUGUUGUUCAUCUGUAGCUUCAUCGGCUGAUACAGCAUGUUGUUCAAGUAUUUCCUGGAGUUCAUUAGCAAUUCCUUUUUUUAUCGUUGCUGGAAUUUGUUUUCUUGUUAUUUGUUUCAUUUAUUGUCGACCAUUAUGGAAAGUAUGUUUAUGUGGACAUAGAUGUCCUUUUGGCAAUAGAACACAAGUUAAUUCAUCAAUUUCUGCAACAGCCAAUGAUAAUCCAACUCAUGUAAUGAACAAUGAUGAUUUACCCGAUUAUGAAACUAUUGUAAAAGAUUCAUCAAUGAAAGAAACUACACCACCACCAUAUAAUUUUGUUGCUUCACAUCCAAAUGAUUUUGGUAUUGAAGCACGUAUUCCAAGUGCACCACCUCGAUAUUAUUCAAGACACAACUCAGUAGUUACAGUUCAUACAAACAUUCCUAUCGAAUCAUAA